CAGGGUUUCUUCUAUUCUCUUUGUUGUUCUUCUUCUCUUGGUGCAGGCGCAGCAGACAGGACAGAGAGAACGUUGUUCUUCUCAAGCAGUCACCAUGGGGCGUAUGCACAGUCGUGGCAAGGGUAUUUCGAGUUCUGCUCUUCCCUAUAAGAGGACCCCACCAAGCUGGCUCAAGAUCUCUUCUCAGGAUGUUGAGGAGAACAUAUGCAAGUUUGCCAAGAAAGGUUUGACUCCAUCUCAAAUUGGUGUUAUUCUUCGUGACUCUCAUGGAAUUGCUCAGGUGAAGAGUGUCACCGGAAGCAAGAUUUUGCGUAUAUUGAAGGCCCAUGGGCUUGCUCCUGAGAUCCCUGAAGAUCUGUAUCAUCUGAUCAAGAAGGCAGUCUCAAUUAGGAAGCACUUGGAGAGGAACAGGAAGGACAAAGAUUCUAAAUUCAGGUUGAUUUUGGUUGAGAGUAGGAUCCACCGCCUUGCCCGCUACUAUAAGAAAACAAAGAAACUUCCACCUGUGUGGAAAUAUGAAUCAACAACUGCUAGCACUCUAGUGGCUUAGAGCGAGAUUUUCGGUGAUAGAGUUCUACUUUUUGUGUACUGUUUGAUAAGCAAAUUUAUUUCUUUGAUGUGAUUUUCAAAUUUUGAAACACAUUCAUGUUAUAACUGUUUCCCGGUGGUAGUUUUGAUGUUGGAUUUUGUUCCCCUUAUUGAUACGCACUUCGUUUUUGUACCCCAUAAUAGUUUCAAGUUUGGUAUGCGGUGAUGUUAUUUGUGGAA